AUGUCUAACACAAUAUUAUUGGACGCCAAAGAAAAUUACAACGUCUACAACAACCAUGAUAGUAACAGUAAUAAUAUAUUAACAAGAGAUGCACAAGCUCAUCUGAAGUAUAUUUUUGAGGAAUACAUAUUAAGACCAGAGAGCGAACGACAACAACGAAUGGCGGUUGAAAUGAUGCGCGAGUAUUUACACGUUUGGCAGAAAAAAGUUGACGAGGAGAAUAAAAAUGUAAAAAACGCUAAUGUAGACUAUAAUGGAUUAUUCGCUCGCGGUCCAUUCAAACAAAAAAUAAGAGACCAUGGAGAAUUAAUAUCGAUACAAGUUGGACUACCCGAAAUAGUAAAUGAGCAAAGUAUACUCGGAGAUAUACAGUUUGUACAGUAUUGGAUUCAAGCAGAGGUGUGGUUCAAAAAUAGUAAUAAAUCAAUAACGGUACGCGGGAAAGCACGAUACAAUGAUUUUGUUGAUUUUCGGGAUCGAUUAGUCAGAGAGUUUGAGACAGAGAUUCCCGUGCUUCCAGCAAAGAAGAUAUUUGGACGCUUUGACAACGACUUUCUACAGUCUCGAAGUGACCAAUUGAACGAAUGGCUAUCCGAACUCAUUGUUAAUUUUGGUAGAAUCGACCAAGUGCUUGAUUGGAUUAGUCGUGGUGUAUUGGGUUUAACUGAACUUGACGUGGUACGGCGAAAAGAGAAACCGAAAAAACGGAAAAAAGACAACUGCACCAAGUCUACCAAUCAAAAGAAUCUUCGUGGUAUUGAAAAAGUCGCAUCACGUCACCUGAACGAAAAAUUCGAAAACGACGAUGGUUCACCACGAACUUACAAAAAUAACAGCAAUGCUACAUGUAAUAGGAAUAAAAAAGGAUAUUUAUCGUCGUUGCCGCAGCACUUACCGCCAAUAAUAAGAAAAACAAUGAACGUGAAUUGUAUAUAG